AUGGAUAUGCAAGCGAAUUAUCCGAAGAAAUUAAAAACUACGUAUUGGGAUCCAUUGAAUAUAGAUUACCCAGUCAGAAAAUGUUUCAACACUGGAAUAUCGAGUGAAACUAUGGCUAGGGUAUGGAGGAGUAAUCCUGAAGUAAUGCUAGCGACAAAACAUCCCAUAAAUGAGGAAAGGAGUUACAUAAGAGAUUACAAUGUAACAAAUGAUCUAUUGAAAACACAAAAUAGCUUAGAUUAUGGGUACAAAAUAUCAGAAACGAAUAGAUUCAAUAAGCACAAUGCAUGCAACGAAAACUCUUAUAUAUACCCGCCAAAUAAACAGCUCGAAGUCAAUGUUCCAGCAAUGACUGCUCAUGGAACAUCUGAAAUGAGGAGCUCCUUCAUCCAACCCGUAAUACCCAGCAGAGUUAUUACGGAUAAAGAUCAAUUUAAACAUCCUAACACAAUUUAUACAGAACCAGUGCGAUCUCCAAAACCUAAGAUAGAUGAAUGGCGUCUACCCGUGACUAAAUACAGAUCAAUUUAUGACAGAGAGAAAUUCAAAGAUGAAUUUCGAGAAAUAAGAACACAUCAUAAACCUCAAUGGUUGCUCUUAAGCGUGUACUAUGAGAGUAACUGUCCAGACAGUAAAGCAUUUAUUCUCAAUCAGCUGCAACCAGCAUUCCAAUUGCUUCAUGACCACAUGACGAUCAAGUUUGUGCCAUUUGGGAAAGCAAGGAGUAUAAAUUUUGGAGAUGGCGGCUUUCAAUGCCAACACGGGCCUUCAGAAUGCCUCGGGAAUAUAAUGCAGGACUGUAGCUUGCAUUAUAUGAAAGAAAAACCCGACAAACAUAAAUUGGCAUACGUCGCCUGUGAAAUGAAGACUCGCUCCGCAUCCCAAGGAAGAUUCGAUUGCGUUCAACAAGCGAAUCUGCCCACUAACUUGAUCGAACAAUGUAUCUUUCACGGCAAAGGAACUUCUUUUCAACUAGAAUCUGAAUACCUCACAAGUCUGGUGAACCACAAAUUUAUACCGACUGUGACUAUCAAUGGCGUAUAUAACCAACGCUUUCAAGAUGAUGCUCAGGAAGACCUCAUGGGCGCGUUGUGCUCCCUCUUAAAAGGAGUUCAGCCCUGUUCUCAGUAUUAUAAUUACAUGGCACUACGCAACCUUAUGUCAACGAAAUAUCCACUGCUGACAUAA